AUGCUUAAGCAAAAUGUUGAGUUCAGAUAAGAAGAAGAAGAAGAAGAAGAAGAAGAAGAAGAGGAAGAAGAAGAAGAAGAAGAAGAAGAAGAAGAAGAAGAAGAAGAAGAAGAAGAAGAAGAAGAAGAAGAAGAAGAAGAAGAAGAAGAAGAAGAAGAAGAAGAAGAAGUAGAAGAAGAAGAAGAAGAAGAAGAAGAAGAGAAGAAGAAGAAGAAGAAAAAGAAGAAGAAGAAGAAGAAUAAGAAGAAAUAUUAUGCAAUUUAUCAUAAGUGCAACCAGUGCGAUUCUGAGUGGAGUGAACUAUUAAAAUCUGUACCAACCAGAUGGCUUAGUCUGGCACCGGCAGCGGAAAGACUUUUAAAGAAAUUUCAACCGGUGAAAUCGUAUUUUCUAUCCAUGGCGUCUCCACCAGCCAUUUUAGAAAAUUUCUUUGAGGAUGAAUUUGCUGAGGCGUAUUUAGGAUUCUUAGUAAAUGUCGGGACCACAAUGCAAACCACCAUUCAAAAAUUACAAUCAGAUAAAGUUUUAAUACUAGAACUUCAUGAGACAAUGAUAUUAUUAAAAAGAAGUCUACAAACUAAAUUCGAUCAAGAAUUUUAUGGAGCCAUAGCAAGAAAUAUAAUACUAAGUUCAGAUGAUAGUUAUAAAAUUAUACAGUUUAAGAAACAGGAAAAUGCUUUCUUGGAAAGAACCAUAUCUUAUUUGGAAAAAUGGUACCAAUACAACAACAACAGGCUUGAAAAUCUAUAUUGCAUGAUUUUGAAGAAAUCACAAACAUUGUCAUUGGAAAAUUUUAUAAAAAUUGCUUCAGAUUUUAAAAUUGACAUAGAUGAAGACAUGCUCUUUAAAGAGUUUGUCAAACUUCAAUAUUUCAUUCAAAAUGAUUUAAAUGAAGAAGAAGAUAUUGAUCAAAGAUGGGUGGCAUUUUUUAAAAAUAAUUCUCCAGCAAACAAUUUUGAAAGACUAUGUAAUACAAUUUUAUCAAUUCCACAUUCAAAUGCGUCUUCUGAAAGAAUUUUUAGCCUUAUGACUACCGCAUGGAGAAAAGAAAAAAAUAAAUUAGACAUUAAGACUUUGGAGGCGGAGCUUAUGAUUAAAACUAAUUUUAAAAUGAGUUGCAAAGAUUUUAUAUUAUUUUUGAAAACCGGGAACGCAGAUGAUAUCUUAAGAAAAGUAUCAUCAUGUCAAAAAUAUGAAAAUUUAAAUUAA